AAACGACAAAAAGUAGCGCGUUAGUGUUGGUUUAUGUUCGAAUAUGUCACUUUAUCACGUGGAAUGAGCGCACGAGAAGGGAAGAGAGAAGUUUGAAAAUAAACUAGGCAAGAGCGAGUAAAUAUAAGAGAAGAAGGGUUUGGUUUGCGUUGUGUUGGUUGGUCACUGAUCUUACUUGAGUGGGUUAUUAUGAAGUCGUAUAGAUUGUCGGAACUAGGCGAUGCUGAGCUUCGCAGCCUAAUUGCUCGUCCUCGUAUCGAUUUCUCUUCCGUUUUCUCUCUGGUCAACCCCAUUCUUGACGAUGUUCGACAAAGAGGCGAUGCUGCUGUCAAAGAAUAUACUUUGAAAUUCGACAAUGUUCAAUUGGAUGACAUUGUUCAACUUGUCGCCGACCUUCCAGAUCCACUGCUUGAUGCGCAUGUUAAGGAAGCUUUCGAUAUCGCCUACAGCAAUAUAUAUGCCUUUCAUGCUGCUCAGAGGACUCCUGAAACAAAUGUUGAGAACAUCAAAGGAGUCCAAUGCAAGCGAGUUUCAAGAAGUAUUAAUACUGUGGGCCUUUAUGUUCCAGGGGGAACUGCUGUGCUACCUUCAACAGCCCUGAUGCUUUCAGUUCCUGCUCAGAUUGCUGGAUGUAAAACUGUCGUCCUUGCUACUCCUCCAGCUCAGGAUGGCACUAUAUGCAAGGAGGUAGUGUAUUGUGCAAAGAAGGCAGGGGUUACUCACAUCCUCAAAGCUGGCGGAGCUCAGGCCAUAUCUGCCAUGGCUUGGGGAACUGAAACUUGUCCCAAGGUUGAGAAGAUUUUUGGCCCAGGAAACCAAUAUGUCACAGCUGCAAAAAUGAUUCUGCAAAACAGUGAAGCCAUGGUUUCAAUUGACAUGCCAGCCGGUCCAUCCGAAGUUUUAGUUAUUGCUGACAAGCAUGCGAUUCCUCGUCAUGUAGCUGCCGAUUUGCUUUCUCAGGCUGAGCAUGGCCCUGAUAGUCAGGUUGUGCUUGUGAUUGCUGGUGAAGGCGUGAAUUUGAAUGCUAUAGAGGAGGAACUCAGCAAGCAGUGCAAGAGUCUACCAAGAGGAGAGUUCGCUGCUAAAGCCCUGACCCACAGUUUUAUUGUUCAUGCAUAUGAUAUGCUUGAGUCAAUCAAUUUCUCAAACUUAUAUGCACCUGAGCAUCUAAUUGUCAAUGUGAAGGAUGCAGAGAAGUGGGAGAGUUUUAUUCAGAAUGCAGGGUCUGUAUUUUUAGGGCCGUGGACACCCGAGAGCGUUGGUGAUUAUGCAAGUGGGACAAAUCAUGUCCUUCCCACUUAUGGUUAUGCAAGGAUGUAUGGCGGUGUUUCAUUGGAUUCUUUCUUGAAAUACAUAACAGUGCAAUCUCUCACAGAAGAAGGCCUCAGAAAACUUGGGCCAUACGUAGCAACGAUGGCAGAAGUUGAAGGUCUCGAUGCCCACAAGCUGGCAGUUACCCUCAGACUAGAGGACAUAGAAGGCAGACAGAUUUCAAAAUGACAAGAUAAUUUACGAUAGAGUCGACGUUUUUCAUCGUUGAGUUUCUGGAGGGAUCGUAUGGGAGAAAGUGACCUGUGCACAAGAGCUUUGAUACCAUAUUUGAAAGCUAGAAUUCAGAGAAACAGAAGUGAAAAAUCGUUGGACCAUGGUUUUCUGUGAAGGAUGAUGGGUAAAAGUUUUGAUAAGUUUAGCAGGUUAGCCUAAUGUGAAGGGAAUGAUUGAGCAAAUAAAGAAACAUCAAAGGCAAAAGUUAAACAGCCGUUCAUGAUUCCUCACAAAUUUUAAAGACAUUUCCUUGAGUUAUAGAAAUUUAAAAUAAUAUACAGUGAGACAAAGGCAAAAGUUCAUGAAACGCAGGAGCACUGUGGAGCACGUAAGCUAGAACAUUAUAACUAUGCUUGAAAUAUCAUCACAGCUUCCUAGAGAUAUUGCUUCUUUAACUAAUUUCUUAGCUGCUUUCUCCGCACCAUCUACAUUCUUGAUACAGUCACAAGCCUCUUGAUUUGUCAUCACCUGCUAUAUGUUUCUCAAGAUCAAGGUUCUUACAUGUCAUUUCGUUAUUCCAUGUAAGUGCUUAGAAUUAAUCUGUAAAAUAAUUC